AUGCAGAGAAGACACCAUCGUGCUAAGUGUAUUAAAACAAAGGGCUCUCGUAUUUUCGUUUGUCCGCGUGUAAAAACGAUUUCUUUUUUCGUCUAAUUUUUUUAAUACGCAAUGUAAACGAGAUUAGAAUUACACUCGUCAUUCAUAUUAAUGAACAAUGAUACAUUUUUUUCUAAGGCCUUGAACUCACUUCGAGAUUUUAACGACCUAAUCAACGAAUAACUUUGUCUAUGCUCGAUAUAUAUAUAUUGAUUGAAAUUUCUUCCUCUUUCGAAGAUCGCUUCAAGGACAGUUCACGUCAACGGUACAAACGAAAUGUUACGCUUUUGUUUCAGUACCCUUAGCGCACAUAGAUAGGAGAAUAUAACAGAAUGCAAUUAUACAUAUUUAAGAACCGGGCAAACAAUCCUCGACCGCGUCGAGUAUCUUCGACUUUGAAACGAUCUUCCGAUUGUUUCUCUAUCGAUAUAUACGUGCAUACGAAAUUAACGAGAUCGCCGUAUUCUUUUUAUCUUAUUCAAUCGUUUAGAACUUUUUUUUUUUUUUUAAAUUCCUUAAUGCCAAGUUUUAUUUAUUUUAAAGUAAAUUAAGUAAAUUAAUAUACAACGAUAAAAUUCACUGUUUUUUAUUUAUCAUUAUUAUUAUUAUAUUGUAAUAUUGUUACUACUAUAAUAUUAUCUUCUAAAGUGUGAUAAUUUUUGAAACGAUUUUUAAACCGAAAAAUAUCUUCCUUUUCCUUUCUUCUCCCCUCUGCAACGUUAAUUUUUCCCUGAAAUUUAGAUCGCGCGACAGUCGCUCGAAAGGAGAGGGAAAAAAAUCGCCAUAGAAACAGGUUGGGAAUGUGGCGAACGGUAUAAGAGGGGAAGAGAGAGAGAGAAAGAGAGAGAGACAGGGAAGACCGGCCCGUGCUUCCUCGAUCCUUCUAAAGAAGAGUUCUUUCUUUAGGUACAUCAUAAUAAAGAUCUUGUCUCUUUUCUUUGUUUGAACGUACAUCAGCACGUGGCGUAGCCUCUGUCGCUCGAUAUGGAGAUGUGUAACGUCAAUGCUAUUGCGCUUCGAAAUGUGCGUUGAAGCGAGUUACUCGCGCGCUUGCAUCUCUUUCCCCGCUUUUCUCUUUAUCCUUAUGUUUGUACGCGGCAAUUGUACCGAGAUCUUUCUUCCUUUUUCUUCUCCCCCCCCCUCUUUUUUUCUUUUCUCUCUCAACUGUUGAUUCUCUGUAUACUUAAUGGCGAGCCAUAACGCGCAGUUAACGCGCCCGGAGUCAGAGCACGCACGUUAUUUAACAGGUCGUUAUAAAUAACUCGGAACUGAUAGUUGCGGAAUAAAUAUACACGGAUAGCGAGUAAAUAGAUGUGUGUAGUAGUAGAGCACACGCGGGGCGUGAACGAGAACGGGACGGAUUCCGAGGAGAGGAUGCGCAGGAGCCAAUUUGUUUGUUUUAUUUUUAAUCCCCAACGUAAUUUUAGCUCUCUCUCUCUCUCUCUCUCGCACGUGACUAGUGUUUUAUUUACUCCGCUAUGCGAUGAUUACGUUUUAAUUUGAGAACGGCUUUCGAAACUUCGAAUUCUUAUCCAAGGAAGGUUAGUUAAUUAGUUAAUCAAAGAAACGGAGCUGAACGUGUAUUUUUUAUGUUAGUAAAAAUCAUGUGUGUUUUUCAGACUCGAUAAAGAGUCCGACACCGGCCAGACGAACAUUGCGAGCGUCGGUCCGCAGGGACCGACACCCCGCCGUUCGUUCGAUCGGUGUCGGUCCGUGGGGACCGACGCCCCCUCUUUUUUUGUUUCGUUUUCAAUGGAUUUCCGACGAUCUUUAAACAGAGAUCGCGGUUCGCUCGUGGCGCAGAGAUCGGUGAUAUCGCGUUGCGUUGGAUCACGCGGCUGGAGAUCGCCGAGCCAGCAGUGGCGUACGACGGCGUUGCGGUGUGUCGUCAUCGUAGGCGUUGUACACACGUAAUUCGAAGUUGCACAACGAACAAGUUGUGCCAGAUGCGUAACAAGAUUCGUGACAAAUCGCCGUUAUAACCAGAGAUGGGAUAGAAAGAACGACGACGAAUGUAUAACGGCAAUAACCGUUGAUUAAUAAUAAUAAUAAUAAUAAUAAUGGUGUUCGUUUGUUGACAGGUGUCCCCGAACCGGCGCUGUCUGAACCAGCUCAACAGCUGAUCGGAGUACGAAGCGGCGGUGAACGGGGCCACUAUUGCACCACCACCCCGCGAUUGGAAAAAACUCGAUAUACUAAUCAGUUGUUGGUUAACGGCCAAAGGAACGUUCCCACGAGGAAGGAGGCGAGAGGACGAGGAGGAGGGGGAAGAGGGCGAGGAACGAGUGGCGUCUUCUCGACACUUGAUAAGAAAAAGAAGAAGAAAGGGAGGGAAAGAAAUUAA